CGGUGCCCGGAUCGUAGAGAGAAGAAAAAGACAAUAAACAAAGCGAAAAGUUUAUUUAGUGAUUAACGUCGGGCAUGCCGCACCCGAAGCAGUGAACGCGUGUGUAGUUCUGCUUGUCACGUCGAGAGCGCGGGUUUGAAAAGAAUGUUCGUCGAAUUAAUUUUCUAUUCAUUACUAGCUGUAGCCACCUCCCUGGGAUCACUCUACAUUUACUUAACAUGGAAUUUUAAAUACUGGCAAAAAAGUAGCUUACGCAUCGCAAAGCCCCUAACAUUUUUGGGCACAUAUCCCAGCAUUAUGACACGCAAGCGGAACAUGGUUUACGACAUCCAUGACGUAUAUUUGAAUUAUAAAUCAAAUAAUCGUGCCGUGGGCGUUUUUGUGACACGCAAGCCAGAGAUUUUGAUUUUGGAUCCGAAUUUGGCACACGAAAUUUUAGUUAAAAAUUUUCGUUUGUAUCGGGACACGUUGACGAGCUCAUGGAUAAAUAAUCACCAAGCAGAUAAAUAUGCAACUCGAAAUCCUUUUUGGUGCGUUGGAGAUAAUUGGAAGAACCUUCGAACUGAUGCAAUGGGAGGCAUUACGCAAAGCAAAUUAAAACAAUCGUAUACAAUAUGGCAAAGCAGUUGCAAAAAACUUUUAAAAGUGAUGGAGGAUAAAGUGGGUAACUCAGGCACAAAUAUCAUUGAAACCAGAGAUCUUUGUUUUCGUUUUACGGCCGAUGUUAUGUGUAACUACAUUUGGGGAAUUGAUGUCGGCACACUGACCAAUCCGACCGAAGUCAGCCAUGUUGUGGGAAUGACAGAUAAAUGGAUUAUGUACACCUACAAAACACGUGUCUACUCAUUAAUGGCGACCGUAACACCCGUAGUGCGUGUAAUAUGGCCAUUUACGCUCUUCCCAAAGGAAACGGAUGAUUUUUUUUCAAAGCUAACACGAGAUGCAGUGCAAAUUCGACAACAGCAACCAGCAAACACUGAGCGGCCAGAUUUUCUUAAUUACAUGCUGCAGCUGCAGGAACGCAAAGGCAUUAGCCACGACGAUAUGGUCGGACAUUCGCUGACAAUGCUGCUAGAUGGCUAUGAAACUGUAGCGAUUGCUCUCAUGCACACAUUAUAUUAUCUGGCGAAAUACCCGAAAGUGCAACAAAAAUUACGCGAUGAGUUAAUGACGAACAUGUACAAUACUAAAGUUGGGUUCUCCUAUGAGGAGCUUAUGAAUUUGCCGUACUUGGAUCAGUGUGUACAUGAGACCUUGCGAUUAGUCACUUUACUGCCAAAUAUACCACGCAUCUGCACAGAAGACACCACAUUACAGCUUUCACCGGAGCAAAGCGUCGACAUUCCUAAGGGUAUGGUUGUGACAGUGCCAGUGUAUUCAUUACAUCACGAUAAGGAUUAUUUUCCACAACCAAACGAAUACGUACCGGAACGCUUUGAUAAUGGCGCUCACCUCGAAUUGACAAAGCGGGGUAUAUACUUGCCCUUUAGUGAUGGACCACGCAUUUGCAUUGGUGCUCGCUUGGCUUUGAUGACUGCAAAAAUUGCUUUAGCUGAAAUUAUUUUGCAGUAUGAAAUCAACAGUUGUGCGCUUACCCAAGAGGAUCAAAGCACAAAUGUCAAGUCUUUUAUAUUGUGCCUUGAUGGCGAUAUUAUGCUGGAAUAUAAAAGCUUAACUAAAUACCAAGGCUUUUUGAAGUAAACAUAUGUUGUUUUAGAUGUUAGAAGCAAUCACUCAAAAUUUUAAUUCAAGUAUAAAUUGAUAAAAAAUUGCAAA